GCAUGUGUGGCAGCGGAUCGAUCCGAGUUAGAGGAGAAAGCACUACCAAACGCGGCCUUACAGCCUUAUACCUGGCUUCAAGUUUAAUAAUCUCUGCAACUCUCUCCUCCCCUCUCUCUUCCUCUCGUGCGCUCUCUCUCUCUCUCUCUCUCGGCCUUGAUCGAUAAACCUAACUAGACCAGAAUAAAUUUAUAGAAAAAGAAGAGAACACAAAGGAUUUUUCCCUACAAUUGUUCGAUCGGGAUCACGAUGGUGCAGAUUUCACCUUACACAUUUUCGGCAAUCGGAAUUGCGAUCUCAAUCGGCGUUUCCGUUCUCGGUGCUGCUUGGGGAAUUUAUAUAACGGGAAGUAGUUUGAUUGGCGCUGCAAUCAAAGCUCCACGCAUCACUUCGAAGAAUCUCAUCAGUGUAAUAUUUUGCGAGGCUGUUGCUAUUUAUGGUGUCAUUGUGGCAAUCAUUUUGCAAACAAAGCUAGAGAGUGUUCCAGCAUCCAAGAUGUAUGCACCAGAGUCUCUUAGAGCCGGAUAUGCAAUUUUUGCCUCAGGCAUUAUUGUCGGCUUUGCAAACCUUGUUUGUGGGUUGUGUGUAGGAAUAAUUGGAAGCAGUUGUGCAUUGUCUGAUGCUCAGAACUCCUCACUUUUUGUGAAAAUUCUUGUUAUCGAGAUCUUUGGUAGUGCUCUUGGGUUGUUCGGUGUGAUUGUGGGGAUAAUCAUGUCAGCUCAGGCAACAUGGCCAGCAAAGACGGCAUGAGCAGCCAUGGUUGGUGCUUCCAGACAGAGAACCUGGCCUUUUUAUUUUUUUUCUUCAGAGCACAAAUUCUUAUAUUGUAUCUGGAAUAGAUUAGGCUCAAGUAUAAAUGCUUAUAAUACUUAACGGGCCGACUCCUAAACUAUGUGCUUAUGCUAGUGAGUGGUGAAGCAGCAGGCAUAUGUAAGAUCUGGUUUACCCUUUAUUUUAGGAACCCGCCAUUGCUUUUGCUUUUGACUUUUACAUUAUGGUAAAAGUUGAUUCAUUUCAAUAUGCUCA